CUCAUAGGGAACGGACCAUUCGACAGGUACGACGCAUGCGUACAGAGGCAAUGUUGUUACGAAAGUGAUUAUAUGUUUUUAAUAUAAAUUGAACUUGCACGUUGAAGAAGGACACAAAUACGGCGGCUAUAUGGCAGGAGAAGAUAGGGAGACUCAGACAAAGGGUCUGAGGCUGCUGGGGAUCCUGGAUGUCCAGAACACUCCUUGUGCCAGGGAGGCCAUCCUGCAUGGAGCUGGAGGCUCAGUAGCUGCUGGGCUGCUUUAUUUUCUGGCUACUAGUCGGGUGAAGAGGUCUUUUGAUGUGGGAUUUGCGGGUUUUAUGGUCACCACACUCGGGUCCUGGUUUUAUUGCAGGAUGAACAAUGCUAAGCUCCGUGUGCAGCAGAGGCUGAUACAGGAAGGCAUCAAAAACAAGGUUGCGUAUGAAGGAACUGUUAUGGACCCCACAAAAAAAGGCAAAGCAGAAGCACCUUCAGGCCCCUCGUGACCUCUAGCUCUUUUCCUCUCGGAGGACAAAAGAGAAUGCAGCUAGGCUAAACAGACCUAACAGCGUUUCUCUGAAUUGAUGGACAACAUUAUUAGAAACAUUUCAUGGAUGUUUUUCUGUGUUGGAUUGUUAAGGAGCUCCUUCUCUGUUAUUGAAAUUCCUUCAUAAUCUGAAAGCGCCAAAGCAAGUUAGUUUCAUUUUCCAGUCCCUGACAUGAUGAGUUUGACUCAUUUUCACUGUAUCCUAAUGCUAAACUAAUAAAAGAAGUACUGAUUUUGUUUUAUUUGUUUUAAAAUGAUGAUCAGGUUAAGUUAUUACUGAGGUUUUCUACACAUCAGCCUCUACAUAAUGUAAAAUGGAAACUGCUAGUGUGAAUCUGUUGUUUUAUGUUAUUAAAGCAACAAAAUCAAAAGGUGUAUCAGAAAUGAAGGAAAAUCAGGAUGUACUGGAGUCUUUUCAGUGGUGUUUAUCUGAAUGUGCUGAAUGAAGCGUCUGUGGGAGAAAGUACAGAGCAGCAGGAUUUGUGACUCAGUCUUUAAAUCCACUGUAACCCUGAAGGUUUGAUUAUUUAAUAUAACAGUUACAUGCUUUUGAAAUUAAGAUUAAAAUUAAAAAUCAAAACAAAGGCCUCAUAUAGAAAUUGUAAUUGAUCUUUUUUUAUUAUAAACUUUUCUGUGAUUCAACUAUUAAUAAAAUUACUGUGAGCCUUAAAUUUAGGUUUAGCUUACAUUUUGAGUCUGUUACCAGGGCAACAGUUUGUGAUCCUAGCUUACUGGCAGGUUUUCUUUAUUAAACAGAACUUCUCUCUGACUCCUCUUCUGCAGCUGCAACUGAACCAGCUGACCGAGGCUCUUUUUCAUUUCUGCAGUCACAAAGUUGCCAUUUUGAUAUUAAUUUGUUACUUUUGUUUGUUUAGUUUGCAUCAGGCUGUCAGCCUCUUACUGUAGUGAUCACAUAUGUAUGAAAUUUCAAACAUAUACGAUCUACGAACAAGGUCUUCUCAAGUUACAGCUGAAUUCAACUCAAGAAUCACAUGAAAAAUUUGGUUGACUCCUGCUUUAUUUAUAGAGGUAAAUUGAGUGCAGAUAAAUGCUGACUGAGUGGAGAAUGCUGAUUACGAUGACUCAUUUUCCCUUGUGUAUUAUUUAUUUGUUUCUAUGGGGCUCAUGGUCCACACUCAAACACAUUUAUUUGCCCUUUACAGCUGAAUUAAAACUGAGGUUCUGCAAGCUGA